UAAAAGUUUCUAUUCAUAAGGACUUUCUCUUUUCAUAACUAUAUACUACUUAGUGUAAAAAGAAUAAUGAUGCUAUCUAUUUCAUUGAAACUAUUUGCCUGUCAAAUAUUUUUAUUACUCGUAGUUGAAACACUUUCUCAAAGAAUUCGUUUUGCGGAUCGUGGGCCGCAAUAUGGACAAAGGUAUCAGUGUCAGUCAGAUUCUACAUGCAUAGCUAUAAGCAGAUGUCCUCCCGCAAGAAGAGUACGAAAUUCACCGCAAUGUUCAUACAAUGCAGGGUAUUACAGGUGGGCUUCUGGUGUAUGUUGUAGCAAUGCAGCAUUUCCACCUCCUCCUCGCCCUGGACCUCCCCUAGUGAUGGAUACAGCGGCAUCGGAUGUCAGUUUCAUUGAUCAAGGAGGAGUUCGCUUUCCAGGGCGUGACCCGAGAACUAGAUCCUAUCCUCCCUAUUUCGAAAAUAAUCAAGAGCAGUGUCCAAGAAGAUCCAGAUGCAUAGCCUGGAGUAGAUGUCCACCAUCAAGACGGUCCAGAGUCCCAAAUGACUGCUAUUACGAAGGCUAUUCCAGAAGGAAUCCUGGAGUGUGCUGUGUCGAAGAAAGAAGAAGAACUCUAAGCGGCGAAAUUCCAAAUGAAAUACCACGUUUUCCCGUUUCCACAACUACGUCAACUACUACAACAAUGGCAGCUCCAAUGAAUUCACCAAAUGGCCCUGAUUGUGGGAGAUCUCUUGCGAUAGCAGGUAUGAUGAUUGGUGGGUCACCUGCAGGGCAAAAUGUUUAUCCCUGGAUGGUUGCAAUUACUACCUUGGAUGGAAUUCCAACUUGCACAGCUUCUCUCAUUGAUCGUACGCACGUUCUAACUGCAGCUCAUUGUUUCGAUACUAACGGACCCAUAGACACGAAGAUUUAUGCUUUACGUAUUGGAAAUGUUGAUCAAAGACUGGGAGACCGUUAUACCAUAAGCAAUUUGGCGAUACCAAAUACUUACCGAAAUGGACGAUAUUACAGCGACGUUGCAGUAAUUACUUUGGACAGGCCAGUCAAUUCACCAGACUUCAUGCCCAUAUGCUUACCAGAUUCAACUUUCAGGAACUUCACCAACAGAGGUGUAACUCUUGCUGGCUGGGGCUCCACAAGGCAUGGUGGGCCGACAUCAGAUAUUCUUAUGCAGCUAAAUGGUGUGUCCGUUGUUUCUACCUAUCAGUGUAACUCAAUCUUCGGAAGAGGAAUAUCUGGUUUUAAUUCUCAGUUUCCUAGUGGAAUUGAUACUAGUUUUAUUUGUGCGGGCUUCUUAGAAGAUGCAAGAGGAAGAGAUAGUUGCGGAGGUGAUUCUGGCGGACCUAUGAUGGUUUCUCAAGGCGGCCGGUGGUAUCAAAUAGGAAUAUUAUCAUUUGGUCACAUGAGAUGCGGUGAACCAGGUUAUCCAGCAGUCUACACCCGAGUAUCGUCUUCCAUGAAUUUUAUAUUAGGAAAUUUAUGAAUAUAUGUAUAUUAUUUAAAUUAUUGAAAUUAAUAAAUUUGUUCGAAUCUAA